AUGGCGGCAUCUGGCACCAUCUCCGUGGCUGCUGGAAGUCCGGGGGCAUCUUCUGGGCCCGAGACUGGACCGGACGACCUCCAGGGUGCCAGGGACCCUCCAGCCGAACUGGAAGUGGAACUGGAACCUGAUCAGCCCAUGACGAGCGGCGGCGGCCAGGAAGAGGUAGGCCAAGCGUUGGAAGGCGGGCCCCCGGCUCAGAGAAAGAGCAGUAGAAAGAGGAAGCAGCCCAGCCGCUAUAGCCCGGACGGGCUUCAGUUUUCGGGGUGGGCGAUGUCAUCUCUGCGUUCUCAGCCUAGCAGACGCCACCAACAGCAUCACCACCGUUCGGAACAUUCGGUGAGGGGCCCGAAAUCCCCAGGGCUUGCCCUCGGGAGCUCCGCCACCAAGUCACGUCGUGUGUCUCCACCAGCCAUGAUGGAGGAGGAGGAGGAGGCCCUGAGUCCAACCGCCGCCACCGUGCCUGUGGCUGGCCAUGCCGGGGGUGCAUCCUUGUCCAGCUCCUAUAGCAGCGGCCCGUCCACUCCUCCUGGCCAGAAGAUUCUCUGCCUAGGUGAAGCCGUGGCCAGCCCUGAUCGCAGAGGCAGUACGGCCCAGGGAGGCUGGGUUCUCCGCUCACGCAUUGUUGCAGCACCUGUCCUUCAGCGCAGGGUCUCCUCUUCGGAAGAAGAGGAGCAGGAGGAGGCCAGCCCUACUGCAGUUCGGCCUGAUGCCCGAGAUAAAGGCUGGAAUUUACGCCCUCGGGCCCCUCCAAGGGUUCCUGUGUUUCGCGGCAGUAUGCUGGUUUCCAGUCCGGAGAGAAGCAGCCGUUCAAGACACAGAAGCCGCCGCAGCCGCCGUGCAUGCAGUCCUGGCUCUGGCCGACAACGCCAUGAAGCGAUGGAAGAGGAAGAACCUGGACCCCGCAGCCUCGCAGGAGAAGGCCCUUCCACCUCGUGGACUGAGUUUCCAGAGAGAUCCGUGCCGGCAGUCUCAAGAUCUCCUCCAAGGCGCCCAGUCCGUAUGCGGGCCUCUUCCCCUUCCCCUCCUGGUAGGAUUUAUCCUCUUCCUAGCCAGUUUCAUGAGGGUCUCAGGUAUUCAACCCCCAAAGAUGAGGAGGAGUUAAGUGCUUCCACUCCUCGGUCUUCCCCCGUGAAGACACCGGAAGACCAUAGCCUGUGCUGUGAUGUACCCUCUCCUUCUAAUCCUAGUCCUAAUACUCUUUGGCAUGCUCUCAUUCCUGACCUGGAUAAUCUGGAUUCUUUCUCUUGGGGGGAGCCAGGGGAAGAAGAAGAAGAAGAAGAAGACGACGACGACGAGGACGCCCCUAGCGGUGAGGCAGGGGAGGAGAUGUAG